AUGCCAAGAUUGGAACGGAAUGUAUAUAAAGGACUCAUCACUUCGUUGUCAAGGAAGAAGCCAAGCAAUAGCCUUGCAGUGAAGGAAUCGCCAUUGCUUACAAAAUUCGAGCGAUGGUCUGGCAAAAGGAUGAAACUAUUUUUUGAAAGCGAGGACAGCUUUGAACAUUAUGGAUUGCGAGAUCUAAAGCUGCCACACAACAUGCUAGCAAAUAAACUAGCUUCACCCAUCCGAGCUGAGCGUAACACUCGCUAUAGAAUACCGAAGGAGUUUCUUAUCAAACUGAACUUAUAUAAAGACGCAACUAACAAUGUCUUACAACUGAAGGCAAAUUUCAAUGGUGUUACAGGUCUAGGGACUACUUACAUUCACAAUAAUAAGAAGUGCUUGGAGAUGAAGUUCUGUGAUAUCAGCAGAUGGUCUUCAAGGCAGCCAUUAAAGGUACCACCACUUCCGAUCGUGGCAGACAAGUCAGCUCUGCUUAAAGAUUACGAGAACCAACUUAUUCGAGAAUUAAAUGAAUGCUUCUCUAAAUUGAAAACGACUUCGAAGCACGAUCACAAUACUGUGAAGUUAUACGUGAGCACAGAGAAUAACCUACUGAUGGAUGUCGAUACCCAAGGAAGUUUAUGCAUAAACUUACAAUCAAUCACAGAUAAACUGCCACACACCAUGCUGGAAACAGUCACAAACGCACCAAUCCAUAUCUCAGCAUAUAGUAACAUGGACUUUCUAACCACUCUACAUAGAUUACUCGGAUACUAUCGGCACAGGAAUCGGUAG